AUGGCGCCGAUUGCUCUUGCUCCUACCCCAACCCCAAGCCAUGAGCUGAUUCACACAAUGCAUGACGGUUCAGUGGACGGUCAAUCUCUUCCCAAGAGUUCAAAUAAGGUGGCAAACUACCGAGGGUACGACCAUGUGCACUGGUAUGUGGGCAACGCGAAACAGGCAGCGGCCUUUUAUGUCUCUCGAAUGGGGUUCGAGAGAAUUGCAUAUCGUGGCCUGGAGACUGGCUCAAGACUGGUUGCUUCUCACGUCGUUCGCAAUGGGGAUGUCACCUUUGUCCUCACCUCGCCUCUCCAGAGCCCUGACUGCACGACUGCCUCUCUCUCUCUGUCUGACGAGGAUCGACGGCUGCUCGCAGAGAUUCAUGACCACUUGCGAGCUCACGGUGAUGCGGUGCGUGAUGUUGCUUUUGAGGUGGACGACGUGGCUGGACUCUACGAUGCAGCAGUCGCCAAAGGGGCGCACUCACACCAGCCACCACAGACCAUCAGCGACAAGUCUGGAAGUGCCAUGUAUGCUCAGAUACGGACGUACGGCGACACAAUCCACACCUUGGUCGACCGGCAGCAGUACACAGGGGUGUUCUUGCCCGGGUAUCGAGCCGUGACUGAGGUCGAGAAGACGGCCAAAUAUCUCCCUCGGGUCGACCUGGAGGCCAUCGACCAUUGCGUGGGCAACCAGGACUGGGAUGAAAUGGAAGCUGCAUGUGAAUACUAUGAACGCGCACUGGGCUUUCACAGAUUCUGGUCAGUGGAUGACAAGGCCAUCUGCACCGAUUAUUCUGCUUUGAAGUCGAUAGUCAUGGCCAGCCCAGACGAGAAGAUCAAGAUGCCCAUCAACGAGCCGGCCAAGGGUCUGAAGAAAUCUCAGAUAGAGGAAUAUGUCGACUUCUAUAAUGGGGCGGGUGUCCAACAUAUCGCGCUGAGGACAGACGAUAUCAUCACCACCGUCACCAAUCUGAAAGAGCGAGGAAUCGAGUUCAUCAGCGUGCCGGAUUCGUACUAUGAAGCCAUGUCCAAGCGACUGGAAAGUGCCGGGAUGCAGCUGAACGAAGACUUUGCCGCCCUCCAGAAGCUGGGGAUUCUGAUUGACUUUGACGAGGGCGGGUACCUGUUGCAACUGUUCACCAAGCAUCUUAUGGACAGACCGACGGUCUUCAUCGAGAUCAUCCAGCGGAACAAUUUUGCCGGAUUCGGCGCUGGGAAUUUCAAGGCGUUGUUCGAGGCAAUUGAGAGGGAGCAGAUGGCUCGAGGGAAUUUGUAG